AUGUUAUUAAAUAAUUAUUUAUAUAAUAUUUUAAUUAAAUAUUUAUGGAAUUGUUUAGAUAAUAUUCAAUUUAAUGAUGAUAAUAGUGUAAUACAAUUCAAUGAACAUAGAAAAUGGUGUUUGUCAAGUGUUUCUUUAGUUUGUUGGAAUUUUUACAAGAUAACAAGAUCAUUGAAUGAUAGUAUAUCAUUGUCAUCAGAAAAGAUUGAUUUAUUUUUACAAUAUAAAAAUAAAAACUCUAUCUUUUCAAAUAUAAAUACAAAUCAAUUAUAUUCAUUACAUAUAGAUAUUGUUUCACCAUUGACUAUUAGCGAAUCGAUUUUAUCAUCACUAUUUAAUAAUAUAAAUAUUUUAUCAUUAAGAUUUCCAUCGAAUCAUGGUAGCAUUCAGUUAUCACCAACCAUACACCAUGAAACAGUAAAACAAAACAACAAAUCAAUACGUCAAUUAACUAUAAAUUAUAAUGAUGAUUUAAGUAUCUUUGAUUCUGAAUCAUUCAUUCUUACACUUUUAUCUUUAAAGAGUUUAGAACAUGUUUGUUUAAAGGUUGGUAGUGAUCCUGCUACUUUUAAACUUUUAAUAUCACUACCCAGUUAUUGUAGUCAAAUAACGACGUUAGAGUUGGUAGAUUACGAUUCCAACGGUAGUAUAUCAUGGGAGUAUCUUAAUAGUCCACAAACACUAUUUGGUCAGUGUCUAUCGAAACUAACGAAUCUAAAGAGUUUAAAGAUCGAAUUGAAAGGAACCAUUGCAUUCCUUCAGAUGUUGGACCAAUUUCAAGAUCAUCUCUUGGCCUACCUCAAGACCGACGUACAGCUAAAGAGACUCUCUCUAUUCCGACGACUCUUACUAAUGAAUAGUAAACCACUAUUGGAGUUUCUAUUUCAACAGUAUCAGUGUUUGGAAGAGUUGGAGAUUGGCUCUAAUUAUAUCUUUCCAAUAGAGAUACCUUUCAAGAAACUAUCGUUAACCGUUCGUAACCGAUUGGACGAUCAAAUCAUACAAUCUUUUAAUCGUGUAAAAUCUCUAACACUCUACAACAAACCACAAUUCAAUCGUAGUUACAACGGAGAAUGUGAUAUCCUAACAAGAGUGAUUCAACUCAAUCAAAUAGCUUGUCUAUCGAUUACAUUCCAAGUUGGAUUCCUACUCAUUGUAAAUAAUCAACUAAUCGAAGCAAUCAAUAAUAAUCAAACAUUACAAUAUCUCUAUAUCACUGGUAAUAUUAAAUCAAAAGAGAAAUUAUCACAAUUAUUAGAUAUACAUCCAACAAUAAGAAAUAAAAUAUAA